GGUUUAGGGCUUAAACGAAGAAACGAAGCCAGAGAAGAGGGCUCUUCCUUCGUGGAGCAUCAAUCUUAUCCUUACAGAAAAAUAUCCAAUCGGAGAAGAUGGAUCGGUACCAGAGGGUGGAGAAGCCGAGAGAGGAGACGCCAAUAGACGAGAAUGAGAUACGGAUUACAAGCCAGGGAAGGAUGCGCAGCUAUAUCACAUAUGCUAUGAGUCUACUUCAGGAAAAAGGGUCAAAUGAAAUUGUGUUCAAGGCGAUGGGUAGAGCAAUCAACAAGACAGUAACAAUUGUGGAGUUAAUCAAGAGAAGGAUCGUUGGUCUCCAUCAGAAUACCUCGAUUGGAUCCACUGAUAUAACUGAUACAUGGGAACCCUUAGAGGAAGGCCUUCUUCCGCUGGAAACCACAAGACAUGUGUCAAUGAUCACAAUAACCCUUUCAAAGAAGGAGCUGAAUACUUCCUCCAUUGGGUACCAGCCCCCAUUACCAGCUGAGCAGGUGAAGGCGUGGACAGAAUUUGACUAUGAAGGAGAGGGUUCACCUAGUGGUCGAGGUAGAGGCCGUGGUGGUAGAGGGAGGGGAAGGACUAGAGGUGUAUCUGGGAAUGGUUUUGUGUCUGCCGAGUAUGAGGAUGGUGGUUGGGAUCGGAAUCGUGGAUAUGCUAGGGGGAGGGGUCGAGGCAGAGGUCGUGGUUUCCGUGGCCGUGGAAGAGGUGGGUAUAACGGCCCUCAGGUUGAUGCUCAGCAGGAUAUGGGAGGCUACAAUCAGGACCCUCCAUUUCAAGGCCGCGGUCGUGGUCGUGGGAGGGGAAAUCGUGGAAGGGGUCGUGGUGCUAGAUCUAAUGGGCCGAUCCAUGCAACUGCCGGAGGCGCUUAACAGUCUCCCUUGAACGCAAUCCCGAGUUUCGCUUUUAUGAAGUGUUGGAUGCCUGCUCCAUUUCUAUGUUUAUCAUCUAUGUUUCUCUACUAAUAUUAAUUGUAGGACAUAUCUAUGUGUAACCAUUAUAGGCUAAUAUUAGAAGUUUGAGACUGCAGCCAGUUGUGGCAACUUUUUUCAUUUGUUGUUCCUUUUUUUUAAGUCUUCUACAUGGUUGUAGAAGUAGGUGAGAUGCUUGACUAAUUGUAACUUCUAUUGUUGAUUGAGCAGCACAUUCUUUUAUUUA